AAGAAACAUACUCUCUCUAUCUCUAGAUCUCUUACCAAAAUUCUUUUCAGAGCUCUGAUAUCAAGCGAAAAUGAAGGAAUCUCCAGUGGCAGAAGUCGGUGAAGAAGAGUCCGGCGAAACGAGCGGAUCACCGGAGAAGCUAGCCGGCGCCAACCAGGAGGAGGAGACCGUCCCUUCCCACUUAUUGUGGUUUCCGGCAUGCCCAGAGAUAGUGGAAGAACCUGAGAUCACCAUACCGGCGGCGGCGGCGGCGGCUGACCGGGAUGAGUCGAACGACGUCUAUGUGGCAGUCGGGACAAAGGAAUCGAGCCUUGACGUUCUCCGGUGGGCCUUGAGGGAAGCCGUCGUCCCAGGAAGCUGCGUCUAUCUCGUCCAUGUCUACUCCCCUGUUACCUUCAUUCCUACACCUCUUGGAAUGAUGAGCAGGGAUCUCAUGGCACCAGAAAUUGUAGAGGACUUCAUAAACGAGGAGCAGAUUAAAAGAUCAACAUUGAUGCAGAAAUAUUUGAAGCUGUGCCAUGGCAGUCAGGUGCAGGUAGAUACGGUGAUCGUAGAAAGUGACAUGGUUGCCAACGCUAUUGUGGAUGUCAUCGAUUUCUGCAUUGUGAGGAAGUUGGUUAUGGGGACGACGAAAUGGCAGGCUAGAAAAGGAGCUGGUGGUAAGGCAGGGUACGUGCAAAGGCACGCUCCACCGUACUGUAAGGUGAAGAUUAUUUGCGACGGAAAGGAAGCCCAUUUCUGACGCUCAAAUCCAGCGGUCCGAAAUCACGAUAGACAUGGAGACGAUCAGCUUGACCGCACAUCUCGCUCAGAAACGAUGAAAAUGUGAAGUGCUGAUGCCCUGAUGGCGUUGGAAUGUACCGUCAAGUGUGCAUUAAUAUAACGUUAAUUAAUUAA